UAGGGAAGAGCUCCGCGGCGCAGACUCGGGGCCAGCCGGGCCCCCCUUCGGCAGACACCAUGCUCAGGAGAGGCUCUUGCCAGCAGCAGCCCCUGGUUCAGCACCACGCUGCCUCCUCCCGCGGCAGCCAGCCCAGCCUCGGGAACCAGCGGGGGCGCCACAGCAACGUGCCCCAAGCGUCCCUGUUAUUGCUCUUCCUGCUCCUAGCCUCCUGGACGUGCGCCUGCCAAGGUGUACCAGUGCCAUCUCAAGAACUACAGGCAGAACAGGAUUUGCAGCUGUGGAAUGAAAUAGAUGAUGCAUGUUCUGCUUACCUGUCCAUCAUAGAGCCUCACCCUGAGACAUCCAGUGCACUGGAAGAACUUUGCUUUAUGGUCAUGGGAUUUCUACAGAAACCUCAGAGUUUAGAGGAAAAAGACAACACCAAAAGGUUCUUAUUUCAUUAUUCUAAGACUCAUGACUCAGACAAUUCAGACAUCAUGUCGUCUGUCCUGCAUCCUUUGCUGCAACUUGUUCCCCAACUUCAUGAGAGAAGACUGAAGAGAUACAAAGCAGACGAGGAACUUCAAGGAACUGGAGGGAUUCAAAGCAGGGGCUACUUUUUGUUCAGGCCACGCAAUGGAAGGAGAUCAGCAGGUUUCCGCUGAAAAGGAUUUUUAUUCCUUACCAGAACUAAUGCUGUGGGAAUGCAGAAUACAUGGACAUAGUGUUUUGCUCACAAAAAAUAUUUCCUGCCACUUGUACAAUUCUUAAAAAAUCACUAGAAUGUAAAUGUUCCUAAAUCAGAUUUUGUUACAAUUGCCAAUGUUUCUUUAAUUUCUUGAGUAUAUUAAAAGCAUCUUAAAAUUAUUCAAUUGAUUUACAGUGUCAUAUAUACAACUGUGUGUAAUGAAAAUCUAAACAAAAAAAUUAGUGUAAGAUC